AUGGUGGUUUAUGGUGCAGUUUCAACUAGUGUGACAAGAUGUGCAACUAUAUUUUAUAACCAGAAGCUUAUGUUUAGUGUCAAUGCUCAGUCUGCUAACAACAGCAGUCGAAAUUUUUUCAUUCGGCUAGCUCUCAAAACCAGCACUCAUGCCUUACUAGCAACAACUGCAGUUGCAGCAGCGGCAUCGGUUUUAAUAUAUGUGGUUGAUGCUAAUGCAGCCGACAUCCAAGCACAACAGGAUGUGGAGACCUUUUUGAACAUACCUGAUAUGUUGUCGGGCGAAUGUGAGUCUGACAAGGACUGCAAAAAGCCUAGGAUUCAGAGACCAAAGUCGAAGAAAGCAGAGUCUUGCACUGUCAGGUGUGUGAAUGCUUGUCUUCAUAGGGGUGAUGCCUUAAAAAGUCCUAGUUUGAAGGGGCCAGUGGUGGUUUUCAGGAAAGGUUUCCGGAGCCGUCAGUACUGUUUAGUGGAGUGUUCUGAUAUAUGUAAUUUGAUAGGAGAUGGUGAAGAUGGAUUUUGA